AUGUCAGGAAAUGGUGGCUUAUCUUUGGGAAGCCUAAUUCUGGCUUGCCAGUUCAUAAAGAAGUACUUUUUUCUCUUGGACUUGAAAAGAGCAAAGGAGAGUAUCAAGCUUGGUUACGCCUGCAGUCCUUGUGUUUGGGAUACUUUUAUUGAAGGAUUGACAGAAAUGGCAAGUUCCAAUCCUGCAUAUAUGGAGAUGGAAGAAGGAGACUUACCAACAAGAUUGUUAUUGAAUGAUUCAGUUCCCUUUGACAAUCCUUUGUUGAUUGCUUAUGCUGCCCGAUUGUAUGAGAAGUUUGGAGAAUCUGCCCUUCAGUCCUUAAUCAGGUUUUACCCAUCUGUUUUGCCUUCGGAUGUCAUGCAACUUUGUCAUCAUCAUCCUGCUCAGUUUUUGGCCUAUUUAGACAGUCUGGUGAAAUCGAGGCCUGAAGAUCAACGGCCAUCCUUCCUUGAGUCCCUUCUACAACCAGAGUCUUUGAGAUUGGAUUGGCUGCUUUGGGCCGUGUCCCACGAUGCUCCCCCAAGCACAAGCACGAUGGACAAUGAAGGAAACCCCAGGCCUCAUUCACACUUGUGUUCGUGGGGUUAUAGCCAGCUGAUGCUUCAUCUCAUUAAACUACCUGCAGAUUUUACAACCAAAGAGAAAAUGACUGACAUCUGUAAGUCUCAUGGUUUCUGGCCUGGAUAUCUUUCUCUUUGUUUGGAGCUGGAAAGAAGAAGAGAGGCCUUCACCAACAUUGUGUGCCUAAAUGAUAUGAGCCUGAUGGAAGGGGACAAUGGUUGGAUCCCAGAGACUGUGGAGGAAUGGAAGCUUCUGCUACAUCUCGUACAGAACAAGAGCAGGAACCCCCAGAAGUCACCAAAUGGAAACUUCAGUGAUGGGCCUCCCCCCAUCAACGUGGAGAAUGUGGCACUCCUGUUAGCUAAGGCCAUGGGCCCAGAUCGGGCCUGGUCACUGCUACAGGAAUGUGGUUUGACCCUGGAGCUGUCAGAGAGGUUUACCAGAACCUGCGAUAUCCUAAGGAUUGCUGAGAAAAGGCAGAGAGCCUUGAUACAAAGCAUGCUUGAAAAAUGUGAUCGGUUUCUCUGGUCUCAGCAGGCCUAGUGGAAGAAGAUUCAGCAAAUGUCACAAUGCUUUGAGAAAAACUGAACCAUGCUCCUGAACCUCCUGAGUGCAUUUGCUGUUGAAGGAAAGUAGCACUCAGGAUGUUUUGAGAAGUGACGGAGGUCAUGAAUGUGAUGAAUGUGAAGCACGGAGCAGGCGCCUGGCACAGAGUACAGGGAGAGCCAUCUCUUGGUGACACAUGAGACUAAAGUGCAGGGCAGUAGAGCUUGUGACGCUGCCCAGGAACACGUGUUAGCUGUUGUGUGAGAGGAUUAGAAGAUCCUUGCACCCAGAAGUGAUCAGACCCGGGUAAGCUGGUUCUUACGAACCCGGGAGAGUGGGAGCACCAAAACUGCAGGUACGAAUGUCCUUGUAUGUGUUAAAUGUCCCUUCCUGCCCAAGGCUCCAAACCUUGUGAUCGUCCUUGCCUCUCCCCUCCUCAACCCUCACAUGCCACCGCUAGGGAAAUCCUCUCAGUUCUGUGUUGGUGGUGGUUUCCACUGGUCAUUCCCCGUCCGCCCUCCCCCGCACCCCCUCGCCAUCUCUCUUGCUGCCAGUCCACGUUCUCAUUUCUUCUUGCCUGCCUAGACAGUCGGAGCAGUCUUAGUGACCUUUCUUUCUUCACUUGUAAACACUGCCUUCCCCCCGCCCCCCGCCACCACCACUCAGUCUCAGCUCCCUAAAAUACAAGCACCUAGGCAUCACCCAGGGCAGGUGAUUCACAGCCCUGCCACACAUUAGAGUCAGCACAGGAGCUUGUGAAAAAUACUGAGUCGGGGAUCCUGCCCCAGGCCUGGGAUCUGUAGAUCAAGGGUCUAAUACAAUCCUCAGCCGGCCUCCUACCCCCACAUUGUUCCUAGAUUUAGAUAGAGAGUGACCCUGGUUUACGGAUAAACCCGUCUUGGUCUCAUGGGAAGUUAAUGAGCGGUCCACUACCAGAGUUCUUGUCCUUUUGAGGCACAGCCUUAGUCACACCUCUUCCCAAUCAGAAACUUUCGGUGGCUCCCUUCUGCUUUCAGAAUAAAGCCCAAAUCCUUGAGCUUGUCAUUGAAGGCCCUCUCUGACUUGUUUCCAAAUUCAGUUCCUCAGUUCGAGAGUUUGUCUCUCAUCCUGGAUUCUCUGUUUCGUGGAUACGCUCUGCAUGUGGGCCUCUGCUUGGGCCCCUGCUUAAACCCUGAAGUGUCCUUCGCCCCAGUCCCCUACCUGCUAAAUCCCACUGGGGUUCUGUGCCUUCAGAUUCCACAUGUCAAUUUGGGUUAUUUUACAGAUAACAUAAACAAGGGGCUGAAAUCUCUCUUUGCGCCAGGAAACAGUAACUUCAGAGUGGGGUCAGAGCUUUUCCUACCCCUUCAUUUAGAAGAAAUCUGCAUACCCCUAAACUUCCUGAAUAACACUACAGAGUUGGAACCCAGUGCUGCUGUGUGGAGUCUGGAGUUUCCAGUCAGCCCUGGUCUAAUGGAUCAAAUACAGAUCACAGAAGCAGCCUGGAAAAAUUCCUACUUGAGACACAGUGAGAGAGAGAACCCAAGCAGGGGGAGUGGGAGAGAGAGAAGCAGACUCCCCGCUGAGCAAGGACGCCUGACAUGGGGCUCAUCCCAGGACCCUGGGAUCCUGACCUGAGCUGAAGGCAGACGCUUAAUGACUGAGCCACCCAGGCGCCCAAGCCUCUGAAUUUUUGUUACAAAGACAGACAGAGAUAGUGAGAAGAGAGCAUGAGCAGGGAGGAGAGAGAAGCAGGCUCCCACUGAGCCAGGAGCCCGAUGGUGGGACUCGAACCCAGGACCCUGGGAUCAUGACCUGAGCUGAAGGCAGAUGCUUAAGCGACUGAGCCACCCAGGUGUCCCAAUACUAAACAAUUUUUAAAAACUCCCGUGUGUAACAUGGAUAUUAUCUGAAAUGACUGCCUAGUGUUCCAUUUUAUGUGUGCGAUGCACAUUGUUUGAUGAAUGUUCUCUCCUUUUCCCCCCCUGGACCCUAGUCUGUUACUUACAUUUUUUUCCUCAUAACAAUUUUUUAGUUGAGAUACAAUUCACAUACCAUAAAAUUCACCCUAAGUACUCAGUUCAAGGGUUCCUAUAUAGUCACAAGGUUGUGCAGUCUUCACCUCUGUGCAAUUCCAGAACUUUUCCAUCAUGCCAAAAAGAAACUUCAUACUCUUAGCAGUCACUCCCUAUUAACCCUCCUUCUAGGC